GAGCGUUCUACAAGUGAGGUGCUUACAGGACAGAGUCCCUUGCACUGCACCUGCUGAUAGUGCCUGCACUGUGAGUCAGUGGGAGCUGCCCCAGCACAUCCCCAGGCUCUGCACAGAUCCUUCACUGCCACAAUGCAAGCAGGUGAAGGCAGCCCUCAGACCGGCACCAUGACCGAGUGCUUUGACUGCGACAACUGCAAGGAGUCCUUGUAUGGGCGCAAGUACAUCCAGAUGGACAACGGCCCAUAUUGCAUCCCCUGCUACGAUGCCCACUUCGCCAAUACCUGUGAUGAGUGCAAGGAGCUGAUAGGCCACGACUGCAGGGAGCUGUACUACGAGGAUCGCCAUUACCAUGAGCACUGCUUCCGCUGCUUCCGCUGUGACCGCUCGCUGGCUGAUGAACCCUUCACCUGCCAGGAUGAGGAGCUGCUGUGCAAUGACUGCUACUGCAAUGAGUUCUCCUCCAAGUGCAUCGCCUGUGAGAAGACAGUCAUGCCAGGAUCCCGCAAGCUGGAAUACAACGGACAAACCUGGCAUGAGCACUGCUUCAUAUGCAGCAGCUGCCAGCAGCCCAUCGGAUCACGAUCCUUCAUCCCAGACAAGAAGGAUUAUUACUGUGUCCCCUGUUACGAGAGCAAGUUUGCUCCUCGCUGCACUCGCUGCAAAAAGACCCUGACCAAGGGAGGAGUGACCUACCGGGACGAGCCGUGGCACAAGGAGUGUUUUGUCUGCACAGGCUGCAUGACCCCCCUGGCUGGCCAGCAAUUCACCUCCCAGGAUGACAACCCCUACUGCAUCAAGUGCUUUGGGAACCUCUAUGCCAAGAAGUGCACUGCCUGCACAAAGCCCAUCACAGGCUUCGGUGGUGGUAAAUAUAUCUCCUUUGAGGAUCGUCACUGGCACCAUAACUGCUUUAACUGUGCCCGCUGUGACACCUCGCUGGUGGGGAAAGGCUUUAUCCCUGACAACGAUGAGAUCCUGUGCCGCGACUGCAGCAACGACCUAUGAGCCUUGGAGGACACCGUGGGGCAGGGGCUUUCUCUAUUCUUCAGAGUCUUUGUGCCAGUUACCCCUGACAGCAAUGCAGGGGCAAGGCACAAAGCAUAGGAGAUGAGGGCUGACCCCGAACCAUGGUGUGUUCAGGAGGUUCCUGCGCCCCUCCUUGAAGGCUAGAGUAUGCUACACUGUGGCUCUGUGCAGAGCCAAAGCUAAAUAAAAUUGAAAAGGAGCUUCAAGAUCCCCAUUAUUUACUCUUUCUUUUUGCUUCCUGUCUGACUGGGCAUGAGCUGAGCAAAGGGCAGCAGCAGCAGCUUCAAUGUAGGGCUGCUGGAUCUGCACGCUGGCAGCAUGCAUUUGCUCCCCUGAGCACGGCACUCAUUCUUCUUUAUUCCCUGCCCUGUGUGCUGCAGGGCAGCAAUUCCCACUCUGGUCUUGGCGGUGUGUGCACAGUGGAUGGCUUUGCAGCCCAGAGUUGCACAACCUGCACAUGCGGGGCUGUCUGCCCUGUUUGGGAGGCUUGGGGACACCCAGCUGGAGCGUGAGCACAUGUCACCACUAUGGGAUUCCUGUAGCCACUCUGCCACCUAUGUGCUGCACCCUUUGCUCAGCGUGGCUCUGCAUUAGAGCUCACAGGGCUGGAGCACCAAACCCCUGACUAUCCUUAACUGUUAAAACAAGGUGUUUCAAGGCUCACAUGAGGGUUUGAGCCAGCCUUGCCCCCCCCCAGUGCUCCUCUGCAGUGGGAGCUUGUGCUGUCUGCUUAGUCUGCAUCCCCCCUGCUCUGCCCUGCAUGGGGCACUUCCCCCAGCCCUGCUUUCCUGCUUAACCCUUGCUUUUCUUGAAGUCAUCUUCUUGUGAUGUUUAUUCGUUUUUUGGUUCUUUUCCCCCUCUUUUUGUAUUCUUUUGUCAUGAUUAUCUGUUAUUAACCAGCUGUGGGAUGAAGGGACUCUCCCCCCUGCCCAGGAUUCAGUAGAAGCAGAAAAAGUUAUGCAUGUUGAAGUGUUAUUAACUCCGUGUUCAGAGUUAAUUUCUGUUUGGCGCAGGCAAAUGAGUGUUGGUGUGUUUGCUAUUCUGAGGCGCUUGGAGCAGUCUCUAGAAGGAAGUGUCCUGAAUGUCAGCCUCUUGUAUGUUUCCUAAGGCUUUAUAUAAUAAACCAUUUUAGUGACACUC